AUGGCCAUGGCGUGGGCCUCUCUCGGGGGUGCCCUAGGCUGUGCCCUGCUGGCCCUAGUCUUGGGGAGCAGCAGCGUGGAUUUGGGCGCCCCCCCUGCGAGCUUCUACCCCCGUUUCAACCCCUUCUUUUUCCUGUGCACCCAUCACGGGGAGCUGGAGGGAGCCGGGAUGACAGAAGGCAUGGGAGAGGUGCUCCUCACCCUCCAAAUCACUGGCAAUCCCACUGCCUACACCCCUGGACAGGAGUACCAAGUGACUAUCUCUACCAGUACGUCUUUUGAUGGUCUGCUGGUGACUGGCCUCUACACUUCCACACCAGUCCAGUCUGCUCCCAUCCCUGGUCCUGCUGCCUUUGGCUUUGGUGUGAUGCCAGAGCGACAGUUUGGUGGAACCCAGUUUGUGUGCAGCGUGGUGGCGUCCCAUGUCAGCCACCAGCCCUCCACCAGCUUCAGUUUCGUCUGGAUCGCCCCGCCGCCUGGCACUGGCUGUGUCAACUUCCUGGCCACAGCAACACAUCGAGGACAGAUCAUCUUCAAGGACGCUCUGGCCCAGCAGCUCUGUGAGCAGGGAGCUCCCACCGAGUCCCCACUGAGACCCAGCCUUGCGGAGGUACAUGGAAAGCAUGCUGUGCUACGUGAUGACUUUGACUCCAACCUGCAAGGAGAGCUGGACCCCAGCAUCUGGUCUGAGUGCAGUAACUGUGAGGUGGGGGAGCAGUGUGGCGUGCUGAUGCAUGGCAGAGCGGUCACUUUCUGCGAGCCCUUCGGAGAGAGAGAGCUGGUCACCAUACCUCUGAACACCAGCACAGCCUCCGUUCUACAGUUCUCACUGGGAUCAGGCUCCUGCCGGUUCAGUUACUCAGACCCCACCAUCAUCGUGUCAUACAGCAUAAGUGGUAAUGGCAACACCUCAGAUGACUGGAUCACACUGGAGAAGAUCAGAGCUCCUACCAACAGCAGCACCAUGGUCCACUUGCUUCCUCUGCCACUGCUCGCAAGGGCCAACGGUGUUCGGCUCCGCUGGUCUCAGGAGGCACCACAAGGUCCUGAGGGCUAUGAGUCCUGCUGGGGGUUGGACAACGUGCUGCUGGUCAACGCAGCCCACAGACCCCCGCUCAUGGAGGACACCUUGGACCCACCAGACACUGCCAACUGGCUCUUUUUCCCUGGAGCUACUGUCAAGCAUGCCUGUCAGUCCGAGGGCAAUGCCCUGUAUUUCCAUGGCAGCGAUGGGAUCGGCCACACCUUCGCCUCCACCAGAGACAUUGACCUGCACCGUGAGGAGGGAAGGAGCUAUUGGGAGGAGGACUUUGAGAGCCCACCCUCCAACUGGGACAUAGAGGGGGCUGACUAUGGGACCCAGUGUGGGGAGAUUGAGUCGGGCUCAGCGCUGGUUUUUGAGAAGGAAGGCCGAAGGAAAGUGUGCACACCCUACCUGGACACCACAUCCUAUGGAAACCUCCGCUUCUACUUCACCAUGGGUGGAGGCGAGUGUGACCCAGGAGAGUCCCAUGAGAAUGACGUGGUGCUGUUUGGGCGAUCUGAAGGGAGGAGGGAACGCGUGGUGCUGGACACCCUUCCAUACUCUUCUUACAGGACUCCUAGGGUGGUAUCGGUCGCCCUGCCCACUGAGCUGCAGACCCCGGUCACCCAGUUCUGCCUGGAGCAGCGGUCACAUGGAGGCGCCUAUCGUCAUGUAUGGGCAGUGGACUUCAUGCAGCUGCUGCCUGUGCUGCCUGGCACCCACACGCAUGUUGCCCAGUUCUCCAUCAACCUAGGCUGUGGCUCCUACCAGCCAGCCAACAGUGUCAGUCUGGAGUUUUCCACCAACUAUGGCCGUUCCUGGUCCCUGCUCCAUACCGAGUGUCUGCCCGAGCUCUGCGCUGGUCCCCACCUGCCUCACAGCACCGUCUACUCCUCUGACAACUACAGCGGCUGGACCAGGAUCUCCAUCCCUUUGCCCAACGCUGCCCUGACAGAGACCACCCAGUUCCGCUGGAGACAAACUGGCACUGGAGCUGGCAACAUGUGGGCCAUAGACAAUGUGUAUAUUGGACCAGCUUGCCUUCGCUUCUGCUCUGGGAGAGGACAUUGUUCUCGCACAGGCUGCAAAUGUGAUCCAGGCUUCAGUGGUCCAGCAUGUGAACUGGCCUCUCAGACCUUCCCAGCUUUCCUGUCGGAGGGUUUCUCCAGCCCACGCCUUUCCUCCUAUCACAGCUUCUCAUCUCUUCGAGGUGCUGAGGUCAGCUUUGGCUGCGGGGUGCUGGCCAGCGGCAAGGCGCUGGUCUUCAACAGGGACAGCAGGAGACACCUGGUCACUGCACCACUUGACAGUUCCCAGGCCAGGUACCUUCAGUUCACUCUUCGACUGGGUAGUCGUAGCACCCUGAGCUCAUGUCCUGCCCCCGACCAGCCAGGAGAGGGCGUCCUGCUGCACUACUCCUCAGACAAUGGCAUCACAUGGACCCUCCUACAGCACUAUGCUUACCAAGGCUUCCAUGAGCCAAGGAUUGUGUCAGUGGAAUUGCCCCCUGGUGCUCGUAAGUUUGGGGUGCAGUUUCGCUGGUGGCAGCCCUACCAUUCAGGCCGUGGCCAUGAUGUGUGGGCGCUGGAUGAAAUCAGCAUGACCUCUGUGUUGUUCAACACCAUCAGUCUGGAUUUCAGCAACGUGCUGGACGUCACCCAGAGCCUUGGUUUCUAUCUUGGUCAUGUCCAACCCUACUGUCAGCAUGACUGGACUCUUAGUUUCUCUGGCGAGCCCAGCCCUGGCUCUAGUAUCCGUUAUGUAGAGACCCAGUCCAUGCAGAUUGGAGCCUCCUACAGCCUGCAGUUCUCAUUGGUCAUGGGCUGUGGCCGUGAGCCCUCUCCCCACAUUGACACCCAAGUCCGCCUGGAGUUCUCCACUAACCAUGGCCUCACCUGGCACCUGGUCAAAGAGGCCUGUCUGCCUGGCAUGCCCAGCUGCUCUGAGUUUACAGCCCCCAGUGUCUACCACCCAUCAGAGUUCAAAGACUGGAGGCGUAUCACCCUUCCUCUGCCUCAGAAGACAUGGUCCAGUGCUACGCGGUUCCGUUGGAUCCAGAACUAUUAUGGAGAGCAGGAUGAGUGGGCCCUGGAUGACAUUUACAUCGGCCAGCAGUGUCCUAACAUGUGCCACGGACACGGCUGGUGUGACCAUGGACACUGCAGGUGCGAUGAUGGCUUCUCUGGAACAGAUUGCCAGCCCUCCUCUCCACUUUCCUCCAGUGUGCUCUCUGACUUUGAAUCCCAGGAUGCACUGCUGGCCACAUGGCAGGAGGUGAUUGGUGGAGAGGUGGUGACCCCUGACAUGGGCUGCGGCGUGGUCUCAUCCGGGUCCUCCCUGUACUUCAGCAAGGCUGGGCUGAGGCAGCUCGUGAGUUGGGACCUGGACACUGAAUGGGCAGAGUUUGUGCAGUUCUACCUGCGUGUGGGUGGAGACUGGGCGGAGUGUAACCAGGCAGACAGCAGGGAGGAAGGAGUGCUGCUGCAGUACAGCAACGACGGAGGCAUCAGCUGGGGCCUCAUCGCCGAGAUGUACUUCACUGACUUCACCAAGCCACGCUUUGUCCACUAUGAGCUGCCCUUGGCGUCCAAGACCCCUUCCACAAGGUUUCGGUGGUGGCAGCCUCUCCACUCUGGGGACGGCUAUGAUCAGUGGGCCAUCGAUGAUGUCAUCAUUCUGUCAGAGAGGGAGAAACACAUCAUCCCUAUGGCUAAUCCCACUCUGCCACAGAACUUCUAUGAGAAGCCGGCAUUCGACUACCCUCUGAACCAGAUGAGUGUGUGGCUGAUGUUGGGUAAUGAAGGUAUGGAGAGGGAAAGCAACAGCAGCUUCUGUGCCCCCACUCCCUCUGCCAUGGUGUUUGGACGCUCUGAUGGGGAUAGGGUGGCAGUCACCAGGGACCUGGCACUGCGCCCCGGCUACACCCUUCAGUUUAAGUUGAACAUUGGUUGUGAGUCAGAGUUCAGCGCAUCUGCCCCAGUCCUGCUGCAGUACUCUCAUGAUGCUGGUCGCACCUGGUCCCUGGUGAGGGAGGGCUGUUACCCAGGCACCCCAGGGGCAGGUGGCUGUGAGGGCAGCGGCCGCGAGCUGAGAGAGCCCACUGUCUACAACACAGGAGACUAUGAACAGUGGACCAGGGUCACUGUGGUCAUACCACGCAAUGUCGCAGCCAGUAAAACAAGAUUCCGUUGGUUCCAAGAGAGCAGUAUGUACAGGGACGCCCCUCCCUUUGCUUUGGAUGGGGUCUACAUCUCUGAACCCUGUCCCAACCACUGUGGGGGACAUGGAGAUUGCAUCUCUGGAGUGUGCUUCUGUGACAUGGGAUACACAGUGGAGCAGGAUAGCUGUGUCCCAUCUGUGGCCAGUCCCACAGAGCUGACAGAAGGUUUUGAGGAGAAGCUGAGCCCACUUUGGCAGAGUCUAAGUGGGGGACAAAUUGGAGGGGGCUGUGGCAUCAUUGGUGAGGGCAAGGCCCUCUACUUCAGUAGCCCUGGAAGGAGAGAGGCACGCACUGUGCCCCUAGACACAACCAACACACGGUUGGUCCAAUUCUACAUCCGGAUUGGCAGCAAGAGUUUGGGACCCACUUGUACCAGGCCUCGCUCACGCAAUGAAGGCGUCAUUGUCCAGUUCUCUACCAAUAACGGUGUCCACUGGCAGUUCCUGAGAGAGCUGGACUUUGGUUCUUUCCUGGAGCCGCAAGUGGUGACUAUUGAGCUGCCACCUCCAGCUAAAACCCCCUACACUGUAUUUCGCUGGUGGCAGCCACAGCAGGGUAAACACUCUGCCCAGUGGGCCCUCGAUGAUGUCCUCAUUGGCAUGAAUGACAGCUCCAGAACAGGUUUCCAUGACAAGUUUGACGGAACGUCCCCUCUUCGGCACAACUGGUACCGCAUCCAGGGUGGGGAAGUGACUGUGGACUGUUUGUCCCUGGACACGGCGCUUACCUUCAACUCUGAGGCUAUUGAUAAGAAGCCAAGGUAUGCAGAGAGUUGGGACUUUGAGGUGUCGGGCUCAUCCUUCCUGCAGUUUGAGCUGAGUAUGGGCUGCAGUAAGUCCACCUCCUUCUCCCACGGCGUGCGGCUGGAGUACUCCACUGACUGUGGUCGUCACUGGUCUCUCAUCACCCCAGAGUGUGUACCCCCAGCCAUCGGCUGUGCCGGCUAUACCCAGAGCUCCAUCUAUACCUCCACCCAGUAUAAACACUGGAGGAGGAUCACUGUCUACCUGCCUAGCGCUGCCAAUUCCCCCAGGACUCGCUUCCGUUGGAUCCAGACCCACUUCACCCCAGGGGCAGAGGGUUGGGCCUUGGACAAUGUGUUGCUUGCCCCUGGCUGCCCCUGGAUGUGCUCUGGACAUGGCCUAUGUGAUAACGGACAUUGUGUGUGUGAUAAGGGUUAUGGAGGGGCUCACUGUGUGCCCUUGACUCCUCUGCCAUCUGUACUCAGAGAUGACUUUAAUGAGAACCUGCAGCAGGAGACCUGGCCUGAGGUGUACGGAGCGGAGAGGGGAACUCUGAGCGGAGAGCCUCUUAAGUCUGGCACUGCCCUCAUCUUCAAAGGGGAUGGUUUGCGUAUGUUGGUGUCACGGGACCUGGACUGUACCAGCACUCUCUACAUCCAAUUCUCUUUCAAAUUCAUCACUAAAGGUGUCCCAGAGCGCUCCCAUUCAGUGUUGCUGCAGUACUCAGUGAAUGGAGGAAUCAGCUGGCUGCUGCUGGAUGAGUUUUACUUCCCCACCUCCACCGACACUCUUUUCCUCCACCUGCCACUGCCAGCGAGCGCCCAGACCAACGCCACCCGCUUCAGACUCUGGCAGCCAUACAACAGUGGUAAGAAGGAAGAGGUGUGGGUGAUAGAUGAUCUCAUUAUCGAUGGAAGCUCUUUACACAACCCACCAGUGGUGAUAGACAGCUUUGAGGAAGGCCCCAACGAGUCCAACUGGCUCUUCUACCCUGGGGGUAACACAGGCCUUUACUGCCCCUACCAGAAGACUGGCCUGGAGGAGGAUGAGUCAGCAAUGGUGUUUGUCUCCAGCGAGCUGGGAGAGCACUCCAUUACCACCAGGGACAUUGACGUAAAUGAGAACACCAUCAUCCAAUUUGAGAUUAACGUGGGCUGCACUGUUGACAGCUCCUCCGCCAACCCAGUGCGUCUUGAGUUUUCACGGGAUUUUGGUGCCACAUGGCACCUACUGGUGCCCCUGUGCGCUGGAGGGCCUCAGCCUUCAUCGCUGUGCUCCACUGAGCUCCACCCUGCUAGCAUCUACUACCCUGGCACCACUCAGGGCUGGAGGAGGGAGGUUAUCCACUUUGGCAAGCUGCGCCUCUGUGGGUCAGUGAGGUUCCGAUGGUACCAGGGUUUCUAUUCAACUGGUUCCUCUCCUCCCACUUGGGCCCUGGACAACGUCUACAUCGGGCCUCAGUGUCAAGACAUGUGUAAUGGUCAUGGGGCCUGUGUGGGCGGCACCCACUGUAUGUGUGACCCGGGCUACUCUGGACCUGACUGUUCUGUACCCGAAACUCCCAACCCUGACUUCCUCAAGGAGGACUUUGAAGGGGGGGCUGUGGAUGCCGAGCGGUUCAGGCUGCUGAGUGGAGGUAAACCAUCCAGGAAGUGUGGCAUCAUGUCCAGUGGAAACCACUUGUUCUUCAGUGAGGAUGGCCUGCGCAUGCUGGUCACCAAUGACAUGGACCUGUCCAAUGCUAGGUUUGUGCAGUUCUUCCUGCGUCUAGGCUGUGGUAAGGCUGCCCCAGACCCUCGCUCUCAGCCUGUGUUGCUCCAGUUCUCUGUGGAUGGAGGUCUGACUUGGGGCCUUCUGCAAGACUUCCUCUUCAGUAACAGCAGCAAUCAGGCUCGUCUGGUGGCUCUGGAGAUCCCACUGCGUGCCCGCACACCCUCUACUCGCCUCCGCUGGUGGCAGCCCUCAGAGAAUGGACACUUCUACAGCCCCUGGGUCAUUGACCAGGUGGUGGUGGGUGGCAGUGCCAGUGGUUGGGGUCCCCUGGAAGACGAUUUCUCCUCCAUCGAUGGACGCUCCUGGCUCCUCCACCCUGGAGGAACCCGUAUGCCUGUUUGUGGCUCUGAUGGGGCUGCUUUCGCCUUCAUAGAGAAGUCCAACACUCGCUAUGCUGUCACCACGGAUAUCAGCCUCGGCCAAGAUGCUUUCAUCCAGUUUGACUUCUCCGCCUCUUGCUCUGUCACCAACUCCUGCUACUCCAUAGAGUUGGAGUAUUCUCUGGAUCUGGGUCUGACCUGGCAGCCUGUGGUCAGAGACUGUCUGCCUACCAGCCCUGACUGCUCGUCCUACACCCUGCAGAAACUGCUGGUUUCAGACACAUACAACAAGUGGGGCCGUGUCACCCUGCCCAUCCCGUCCUAUGCUAGGUCUCCAGCCACUAGAUUCCGUUGGUAUCAGCAGGCUCCUUUUGACAAGCAGCAGACUUGGGCUCUGGACAACCUCUAUAUUGGAGAUGGCUGCCCAGAUAUGUGCUCUGGACACGGACGCUGCCAGCAGAGCUCCUGUGUGUGUGACCCAGAGUGGGGUGGGGAGUACUGUGAUGAGCCUGUGGUUCCCCUGCCCUCCCAGCUGAAGGACAGCUUCAGCCGAUCACCCUCUCUCAGCCACUGGCACCUACUGACAGGGGGGAAACUGAGCACUGUGUGUGGAGCUGUGGCCUCUGGAGCUGCUCUGCACUUCAGCGGGAGUUGCAGCCGUCAGCUGGUGACAGUGGACCUCAACCUGACCAACGCUGAAUUCAUCCAGUUCUAUUUCAUGUAUGGCUGCAUGAUCCCACCAAGCAACCGUAAUCAGGGUGUGCUUCUGGAGUACAGCUUGAAUGGAGGGAUCAACUGGCACCUACUGACAGAGAUCUUCUAUGAUCUGUACACCAAGCCGGGGUUUGUGAAUGUGCUGCUGCCCCCUGCUGCCCGGCAGGAAGGGGUGCGCGUGCGCUGGUGGCAGCCACAGCAUGAGGGGGCAGACCACAGUGAUUGGGCACUAGAUAACGUUCUUAUCGCAGGCUCCGACCCACGGGCACAGAUCUCUGAUACUUUUGGAGGGGUCGCACUGCCCAACCAUGAGAGAGCUCCUGCUGAUGGGACCCCCACAGGCAGGACAAGUCAACUUGGAGAACAAGAGGAAACUCCUAUAGUGAGUGAUCACUGGUUGUUUUCAGAGGACUGCUCAGUGCAACGUUUCUGCAGCUCUCCAGAUGGGGUAAUGGUGUGCGGCAACGUGGAUGGGAGAGAGGUGUAUGCAGUCACACAUGACAUUGUCCCUGGCAAAGGUUGGGUUAUGCAGUUCAAGAUUGCAGUAGGCUGCAGUGUGCCUGAUCGCCCUGCAGACCGGCAGGUCCAUGUCCAGUAUUCAGUAGACUAUGGGGUGACUUGGAAGUACCUGGUGCCUCAGUGCCUGCCUGCAGACCCCCGCUGUGGGGGUCAAGUCUCUCAGCCCUCAGUCUUUUUCCCUGCUACAGGCUGGAAGAGGGCAGUUUACCCUCUUCCGGACAGCUUGGCUGAGACGGCGGUGCGGUUCCGGUUUUACCAGCAGCACUCAGAUAUUCAGUGGGGAGUGGAGAACUUCUACAUCGGGCCUGCAUGUGACAGCCAUUGUGGAGGACAUGGCGACUGUCUGGACCAGCGUUGUCUCUGUGACCCAGGGUUUACUGGACCCAACUGUUAUGCCAGCACUGCUCUGAAGGCAUCUCUGAAAGAACGUUUUGACUGGGAAGGGACAGCCGGCCCCCAGUGGCAGGUGCUGGAGGGCGGCCGGCCCUGCACAGACUGUGGUGUGUUGGUGGAAGGAACGGCCCUGUACUUUGGAGGGGCUGAUGCCAGACAGGCUGUCACUGCUGACCUGGACCUCCGUGGAGCCAAGUUUGUGGAGUACUGGGCCAGGAUAGGGAGUGAAGAUAACAUGACUAUGUGUCAUCGUCCAACCUGUCGUAAAGAGGGAGUGCUGCUGGACUACUCUACUGAUGGAGGUGUGUCAUGGACCCUACUGCAUGAGAUGGACUAUCUGAAGUAUGUGUCAGUGAGGAGAGACUAUAUUGUUCUACCAGAAGGUGCUCUGACCAAUGCUACUCGCCUGCGUUGGUGGCAGCCGUUCACCAUCUCCUCAGGCCUGGCCUCACCCAGCCUGGAAAGAGCCCAGUGGGCCAUAGACAACAUCUUGGUCGGAGGGUCAGAUAUCAACCCAUCCACACUGCUUGAUACCUUUGAUGAUGAGGGUGUUUCUCAUGAGGAGAGCUGGAGUUUCUAUCCUAACGCUGUGCGUACAGCUGGCUUCUGUGGAAACCCCUCCUUCCACCUGUACUGGCCCAACAAGAAUCAGGACAGGACACACAACAUCUUGGCUACUCGUGAACUCAUAGUGCAGCCUGGAUACAUUCUACAAUUCAAGAUUGUUGUUGGAUGUGAGGCAGACACUUGUGAAGACCACCAUUCUGUCCUGCUGCAGUACAGAAAGGAUGCGAGGUCUGAUUCAUGGCAGCUGGUUCAGUCAGAGUGCCUCCCCUCCUCUGUCAACAACGUGGGCUGCUCUCCCUUCCAAUUCCAUGAAUCCACCAUCUACAGCCCAGUCAAUAGCUCCACAUGGACCAGGGUCACUGUCCAGCUUCCAGACCACGUCUCAUCAGGGGCUACCCAGUUCCGCUGGAUCCAAAAGGAGGGGACAGGAGAGCGUCAUGGUUGGGGGGUGGACCAUGUCUACAUAGGAGAGGCCUGCCCAGGACUCUGCAGCGGCCAUGGUUACUGCACCAAUGGAGUGGUCUGCAUCUGUGACGAAGGACACCAUGGUGAUGACUGCUCCCUGUCAAGCAGUGACUUGCCCAGCUCCAUCAAGGACAACUUUGAGUCAGGCAGCGUAUCUCAGGAGAGCUGGCAGCUGAUCCAGGGUGGCGGAGUGGGCAGCGGCUGUGGGCAGCUGUCACCUCACGCCCAUGGAGAUUCACUAUACUUCAAUGGCUGUAAGAUGAGACAGGCUGUUACCAAACCCCUGGAUCUCACCAGAGCCAGGUACAGUAAGAUCAUGUUUGUGCUGCAGAUUGGCAGCGUGUCACAGACAGACAGCUGUAACAUAGCUCUGGACCAGGCCAACACAGUGGACCGGGCAGUGCUGCUGCAGUACAGUGUCAACAAUGGAGUCAGCUGGCAUGUCAUCGCCCAGCACCAGCCCAAAGACUUCAUUAAGGCCCAGAGAGUCUCCUACAACAUCCCACUAGAGGCGAGGGUUAAAGGGGUGAUGCUGCGAUGGUGGCAGCCACGACACGACGGCGCAGGACAUGACCAGUGGGCAUUGGACCACGUGGAAGUAGUUCUGCCAGGGUUCCUGCCCCCCCAGACCUUUCUGCGAGACAGCUGCCCCCUCCUCCUGCCCCUCCCCUCUCGCGCUCUAACCUCUGCUUUCUUCUGUAUUCUGCUCCCUCUGGCAUGGCUGUAG